AUGCCGGAAGUCAAGGAAGAGAAUGUUAAGCGCAAGGCGUCCGAGGAUCCCACCUCUCCGUCGGCCUCGAAGCGCGUCAAGCACGAUGCCUCGGCUGAGUCCCCGGGCGCCAAGAAGCCGGCCAUGAAGCCUAUUCCGUUCCCCGAAAAGCCGGCUGUGAUAGAAGAACGCAAUGGCGAGAUCGAGUUCCGCGUCGUCAACAACGAUGGCGACCGCGAGUCGCUCGUCAUCCUCACCGGCCUGAAGUGCAUUUUCCAGAAACAGCUCCCCAAGAUGCCCAAGGACUACAUUGCGCGCCUCGUCUACGACCGCACCCACCUCUCCAUUGCCAUUGUCAAGAAGCCCCUCGAGGUCGUCGGCGGCAUCACGUACCGUCCCUUCAAGGGCCGCCGCUUUGCCGAGAUUGUCUUUUGCGCCAUCAGCUCCGAUCAGCAGGUAAAAGGAUACGGCGCCCAUCUCAUGUCACACCUCAAGGACUACGUCAAGGCUAGCAGCGACGUCAUGCACUUUCUGACGUAUGCCGACAACUACGCCAUUGGCUAUUUCAAAAAGCAAGGCUUCACCAAGGAAAUCACGCUGGAUCGCAAGGUCUGGAUGGGAUACAUCAAGGACUACGAGGGCGGGACCAUCAUGCAGUGCUCCAUGCUGCCCCGGAUCCGCUACCUCGAGAUGGGUCGCAUGUUGCUGAAGCAAAAGGAGUGCGUGCAGGCUAAGAUCCGCGCCUACUCCAAGUCUCACAAUGUGCACGCGCCGCCCAAGGAGUGGAAGGGCGCCGUCAAGGAGAUCAACCCGCUCGACAUUCCUGCCAUCCGCGCCUCGGGCUGGUCCCCCGACAUGGACGAGCUGGCGCGCCAGCCCCGCCACGGCCCCAACUAUAACCAGCUCCUUCACCUGCUCAACGACCUGCAGAACCACAACUCGGCGUGGCCCUUUCUCAUCCCUGUUAACCGCGACGACGUCGCCGACUACUACGACGUCAUCAAGGAGCCCAUGGACCUGAGCAACAUGGAGAACAAGCUCGAGGCCGACCAGUACGCCACGCCAGAGGACUUUGUCCGGGACGCGAAGCUCAUCUUUGACAACUGCCGCAAGUACAACAACGAGAACACGCCCUACGCCAAGUCGGCCAACAAGCUCGAGAAGUUCAUGUGGCAGCAGAUCAAGGCCGUGCCCGAGUGGUCGCACCUCGAGCCGGAGAAGUAG